GCAAUAAAGAGAAGCUGGAAGCCCCCUAGGUUGGCCCUCUGGUGUGAGUGUGUCUGUCAGGGAGCGGCGGGAACUUGGACGCCCUUCUUCACAGGGCAAGCGGGGCCUGAAGUGCCCUCCUGAGCGCGCCCAUGCGGGGCACCGGGCAGGGUCGGGCUGGUGGGCCCCGCCGCCAGGGGGCGCCGGUGGAGCUCGGCGGGAGCGCGCGCCACGUGGUAGGGAGACGGCGCUGGCGUCGGGCGAGGCAUCGCGGCGAGGCCUCGGAAGUGGGCCGUGGACCUAGGCUUGUGCACACGGCCCGGCUGUAGGUUGAGGGAGGCCAAGCGGGGCCCGCGGGAAGCGGACGUGGGGGCACAGCGGCGCUGCCCCGCGCUCCCCCAGACGCAGCAUGUUGCCCUGGCCGCCUCAGCCAUGGGGCACAGGCAAGGAGGAGUUGCAGGAGGAACCAGGCCCCUUGGCGGGCAGUGACCAAGGGGAGGCCUGGAGCUCUGGAGAGGAAGCUCCGGGGGAGCCAGGAGCACCCACACAGGACAGCCAGCAGCCCCAGGCCCUGGGUCCUUCCUGGAGUGGGAGAGAGCAGCAGCUGGCCCGCCACCCCCAGGCCAGGCUACCCAGCAGUCCCCAGAAACCCAAGGUGGCUUGGGAGGUGGCCCCCUCAAGGAUGACCCUGCUGUCACCCUGGGACCCCAACUACGAGGCCAAACCAAGACCUCGGCUGGUGUGGGGAUCCAGCUGUGGGUCAGGUGCCUCCUUCUCAGGCCGGACACUGUGUCAUCCCUCCUUCUGGCCCAUGUACGAGGUCUCAGGCAGGGCUGCCAGGCCCCUGGCCCCCACUCCAGGGCAUCAGAAUGAAGAGCAGUCGCCCAGGGAUGCAGGGCUCCCAGUGAUGUGCUGUGAAGAUGUCUUUCUUUUGGACCCUCUGCUACCCUGUGGGCAGCGUGUACCCCUGUACCUGUCGGAGCCCCCUCAACAGAACAUGAGCUCGCUGAAGCUGCUGCUGCCGCCCCCCAUAAUGUCCCCCUCAGUCUGCCCCUCUGCAUCCCAGGGCUGCUCCACUGCUUGGCUCAGUGGGCCGGAACUGAUCGCCCUCACUGGCCUGCUGCAGAUGAGUCAGGGGGAUCCGAGACCCAGCUCCCCACCAGCUUCCCCGAUCCCUGCCAGCUGCACAGCCCCUGUUCCUGUUUCUGAUCACCCAGGCCCCAGUGGUAGCCAAAGCUGUUCUGGAAACACUGACCCACCACUUCCACAGACCCAAGACACCCAUUGUCCAUAGCCCCCUGGGGCAGAGUGGGCCUCCCACUUCACCAGGCAGGUUCUGUUGACAAUAAAACUGUUGGUUUGCAAAACAA